UACCAUUGCUGGGGUACCAAGCUUAAAAAACGUCAGGUGACGGAGGGUGUAAGGGCACAAACACAGCGCGCAUGGUCGCAUUCCUUGUCUUUGGUUACUUCUCGCCAUCUCUAGCCCGCACUUCAUUCCUACUCGAUUAUAGCAGCGCUGUCAACAGGAAAACAGACGCAUAUUCGUCAACUUCGGACAGGAAUCGGAGGAAGCAACCUUUGCAUUUAUACGCGUGAGCAUAGAGCUGACAGGACCGAUGCACGACGCAUUCAAGGUCUACACGGUCAUCGAGAAAUUACCUCACAAGAUCGAGUCUAUUUUCGCGCAAGGUGACAAACUCUAUGUGGGCACAUUUUACGGGACUUUGCUCGUUUACUCUGUGAGGGAGCCUCUCGGCCAAGAUGAAGCCAUCUCAGUAACGCUCGUGGAGACACUGAAAACAUUCUCCAAGAAGGCGAUCGAGCAGAUUGAUGUCCUUAGUAUCAUUGGUGUCCUAGUUACCUUGUCAGAUGGCUACGUCAACCUUCAUGACCUCGAGACAUUCGCCCUUCGAACGCAACUUGGGAAAACGAGAGGUGCCAACUUGUUUUCGGUGAUUUCAGAAAUCGAGAUUCAGGAUGGUUUUGCCCCUCAGGUUAUCACUCGGCUCGCCGUGGCUGUGAGGCGCAAAAUUGUUGUCUUUUCGUGGCAGGACAGUGAGUUCAUGGACACAAAGGAAUUUUCGAUCCCAGACAGAGUUAGGACGAUGGAGUGGGUCGGGACGCAUAAUCUUUGCAUGGGAUUCGAUAACGAGUAUGCGCUGAUGGACUGCAGAACAAGUGUUUUGACGCCUCUGUUUUCGCCCAGCCCGCAGACCAAUCAAGGUGCACUCGGUUCAACCCUGGAGAGCACACUGAAUACACUGAACAGCUUUAGUUCCCUGGCAACCGGCGGCCUGAUGGGAUUCGGAUCCAAGCCCGGAAAGCCCCUUAUUACGCGGCUACCAAAUGACGAAAUCCUUUUAGGAAAAGAACAUUCGAGUAUAUCUGUAGGUGUUGAUGGCAUGCCAAGACGGAAAACAGGCAUCGAAUGGUCAGGGACGCCAGAGGAACUGGGCUACUCGCAUCCAUACGCUGUUGCGAUUUUGUCACGACAUGUUGAGAUCCGGAAUAUCGAGACUAGGGCCUUGGUCCAAAGCGCAGAAAUGCCCCAUGCGCGCCUCCUUACACAAGGAAAACUUUUAUAUAUCGCAAGUACCAACGAGGUCUGGCGCCUCAAGCCCAAUACUUUUCCACAGCAGAUUGAAGAGCUGGUGCAGAAAGAAGAAUACCAAGAGGCCAUUAGUCUUAUCAACCAAAUCGACCCAGUCCUGCUGGAUGAAACUGUUGAUACGUUGGGCCGCAUCAAAGAUCUGUACGCACACCAUCUCUUCCGCACUCAUCAUUACGAAGAGGCUCUUUCGCUCUUUCUCGACCUGGAUGUGCCUGCCGUCGAAGUUAUUGCGUUAUACCCAGCUGUCAUCUCAGGCCAUCUACCUCCCAAAGAGAUUGAGGCGGUAUCAUCACCCCAAUCUACCGAUACUGAGAAGACAACCGAGACGAGUGCCAAACAUACUCCGCCUAUUAUCAUGAGCACAAAGGAGCUAGAGGAGGCCGUUGGAUGCCUAAUUCGCUUUUUGGCUGACAAACGUCAGAAGCUUCAAAAGUCAAUCCAGAUGUUACAGCAAAGCAAUGAAUCCUUUUCGUACAACCGCCGCGAUCAAGAGGAUGAGGUCCAGGAGAAGCUGCAUACUCUAGAAAUUGUGGAUACAGCGCUAUUGAAAUCAUACAUGAUGACUAAUGAGCGAUUGGUGGGCUCGCUUCUGAGGGUCAGCAACCACUGCAAUCUGGAAGAGACGGAGAGUUUACUGUUGAAGCACAAGAAAUACAAGGAACUGGUUGAUUUCUACAGAGGUAAAGGACAGCACCGCAAGGCGCUUGAGCUGCUUAAGUCUGUCCACACCGUUCCUGGAGAUAUGCGCGGUGUUCUUCCUACGGUUAACUAUCUUCAACGCCUUGGAGCGGAUCAUCUUGAUCUCAUCCUCGAGUUCGGAACCUGGAUUCUCGAGUCGGAGCCUGAGGUUGCCAUGAAGAUAUUUAUCGACGAUGAGCCAGAGGUCGACACUUUGCCGAGAUACAAAGUCAUCCCAUACCUGCAAAAGCAAUCCCUCGACCUCUGUAUCAUGUAUCUAGAGCACGUUAUUCACGAACUCGGGGAUCAAACAUCGGAUUUCCAUAACAAACUCAUAACGUCCUAUCUUGCCCAAAUACAACGAGACUCUUCAGUCGCCGGAAAGGAAGGUGCUCUGGAGAGAACGAGAGCCAAGUUAUUACAAUUUUUGGACGAGUCCAAGUUUUACAAAGCGGAGCUGAUCCUUAGCCGUUUGCCUGUGGAUGGUUGCUAUGAGGAAAGAGCCAUUCUUCUUAGUCGCAUUGGGCAGCACGACCAAGCGCUGAAUAUUUAUGUGCACAAGUUGAAAAACUUUCAGGCUGCAGAAGAAUAUUGCAUCAAAUAUUAUGACAGUAAUGAUCCAUCCAGGAAUGUAUUUCUCAUGCUCCUCAAAGUGUACUUGAAGCCACCAAACCGGGAGAAGCCAAUGCUGGAGCCUGCUCUGGAUAUUCUCACUCGGCAUGGCACUCGUAUCGACCCCGCAGCUGUACUGGAGCUGCUGCCAGCAUCGACCAGAAUUGACCAGCUGUUCAAGUUUUUCGAGAAGUCGAUUCGGGAGAGCAACAAAACAAAGCACAUGGAUAUGGUCGUGAAAAACCUUCUCAAAGCGGAGCGAUUGCAGACUCAAGAGCAGUUGACGUUUUAUCGAUCCCGGCGAGUGAAGAUUACCGAGGACAGGAUGUGUCCAAAAUGUAACAAACGUAUUGGAAACAGUGUCUUUGCCGUCUUCCCGGAUGGAGUUGUGGUGCAUUACUCUUGCAAGGAAACUAUGGCCGCUAUUGGUCACUGGCGGACAGGCUAGAAAUGAAAUUGAUCUUUUGAAAAUAUACACACGCAUUUAUGAAGUCCAUCUUGACCGUGCAGAAUACUAAAUGUAAAGGACAGCGGAGCGAAACUAUUCCGCAAUGAUAGGGCUAAUUAAA